GUUCCGGAUGUCGACAUCUGGCCCUUGUACCUCCAGCACGCGUUGGCACAAGACAAGGAGACUAUUCAGGCAUGGGACUCUGACCUGGACUCUAUCCUCAUUUUCGCUGCGUUGUUCUCAGCCGUCUUGACCACCUUAGUCGUCGAAACCUACAAGAAUCUACAGCCAGAACCCCAAGUCGAGAUGUUGCGAGCUAUUCUGGCGCAACUUCAACGAAACGACGCUGCAUCGUCCGCCGACAUUACAACUCCAGUGCCACCCUUUCGGCUGACCGCGUCCGCCGUUCGCGUUAAUAUCUACUGGUUCUCAAGCCUCAUUAUCAGCUUGUCCACGACCCUCUUGAUGAUACUAGCGAAGCAAUGG